GCCCCCGUGACUUCUCUGACAGUAGUGUAGUGUGAACGCCAACAAGUACUAGGAAGUGAAUGAAUUUUAACAUACAUUGGUGAAAUAGGCCAAAUACCCACGGUUUUGCACAACGAAUUAAAAAGGUAAUGGAUAAGCUUCGUCGCGUAUUGAGUGGUCAGGAGGAGAACGAGGAACUUGGACUUACUUCUCAGGUCCUGGACGCCUCCACGCUCAGCUACAGCACGCGGGUCAAAUGGUUCAUCAUCUGCUUCGUUUCCGGGAUCCUGUGUUCCAUACUUGGGACAGCGUUGCUCUUCCUGCCCAAAGGCACCCAGCUGUUUGCAGUAUUCUACACCUUGGGGAACCUUGCAGCCUUGUCCAGCACCUGCUUCCUGAUGGGACCCCUGAAGCAGCUGAAGCGCAUGUUCGAGCCCACCAGACUGCUCGCCACCUGUGUGAUGCUGCUCUGCUUCAUAUUGACCUUGUGUUCAGUCUUUUGGUGGCAUAAGAAGGGGCUGGCCAUUGUCUUCUGCAUACUCCAGUUCUUGGCGAUGACGUGGUACAGCAUCUCCUACAUUCCGUUCGCCAGGGAUGCUGUGAUGAAGUGCUUCACUUCAUGUCUGAAUUAAAUCACUUUACUCCAACAAAUCAUGUGAAGACUGGUCCCAGUUUGCAAAAAGAAAAAAAAAAGACAGUAAAUAUGUAAAAUACAUUUUUAUUUAAUUUUUUAAAAAUUUUCUGCCCUUAAAUUUACUAUAUGAAAGAUACUAUUUUGGAGAACAGCCAUUAUGUAAUUAUAUCAGCAGCUAUUAGAGGCUACAUAUAAGCUGCAAAAAAAUGAAAUGUUAGUGGAUAAUUACUUCUUAAAUAACUCUUGUUUUUCUAGUUUGAUUCAUUUUUGUACUUAACGAGUUUAUUUAGCUCAUAUUGCUUGUUUUAAGGGACAUCAAGUACAUUUUUAUUUUGCCACUGACAGGUAAUUUUGCUUAUUUUAAAUCAUGCAUAUUUUUUCUUUUAUUUUGGUUACAUUUUUACAGUGUAUGAACUAACAUUACUGAGCUGUGUACGUGCACAAGCAAAAUAUUUUUUAUGUGAGUUCAUUCUUUGGGUGUGAGAGCAGAAUGCUUGAUGAAAAUAUUAAAAAUGUCUAUAGUAAUAUAUCCUGAGACAGAAUGACACCAUAUUCUUGUGAAUUUCUUAGCUCGUUUCUGGAUUCAGUGUAAAAUUGGGAACAAACGACGCUUUUUGUGUCUCAUGUCCUCGAUAAUUCGUGCGUCAUAACUACUAACCGUUUUGCACCAUGUGAAGACCGUUUAUUUUUAUAGAUAUUUUGAUCUUCAUUCCACAUAAUAAAGUAUUUGUAUUGAACUUA